AUGGCAAUAAAUUAAUUAGAAAGAUUGGAAGGUUUCAUAACCAUUACUAAUUAAUAACAUAAUGGACAGGUCGAUUGUUUUAUGUUAAAUAAUAGGAGAUUAACUGAUAUCAGGGGGAUGUGAUCAUAAAAUAAAAGUUUGGUUGGUAGAUUUAAAAGAAUGAGUUGGUUUUUCUGUAUUCCUUAGAUUAACAUACCAACUCUGUAGGAUCGUUAAGACCUUAAAUAUAUCCUCGAGGAUAUUAUUAGUUUUAUUCUUUAUGGAUUAAUUUAUAGUAUUUAAAAAUAUUAAUAAAAAUAUUUGAUGCAAUUAUGUAAUUCUAUCUUUUAAUUUCAUUUUGAAUUCCAUAACAACCAACCUUAGCUGCUGGAUAUUAAAUUCAUUUCAUUUAAUGAUCAAUAAUUUUUUGGGUACCUUUACACUUGUAUAUUAAUGAUCUUUUGGUAUUUGAAUUAUAGAACUGAGUCUUUUCAUCUAUUUCAAAUAAAACCAUCACUUUUACAAAAAUUAUGAAUGUGAAGAUAGGAGCUGCUUUCCAAAUAUAAAUAAUAAAGUUAGAGAUGUAAGAUUCUUAGACAUAAAUGUCAUAUCUAUUUGAUAAGAGAAUUUGAUAAUGGCACAUUUAAAAUUGUUUCAACUUUAAAUUUUUAAAAUGAGGUGACAUGUGGGACGAUGACAAAUAAUGGGUAGUAUUUAGUAUUUCAGGACAAUAAGUCUGCAAAGUAUUUAUCAUAUGAAUUAUUAUACUAAUGA